AGCGUGGUAUGCAGCUGAUGUAACCUGAUACAGAGGUUUUGACUUUGACAAAAAAAAUAUUUCCUCUGAAUCAGAGAGCAAAAGCAGAAGUUAAUAAAAAAUAGUCCAACAUCACACUAACAGGAACCUUUCUCUCUCAUUCGUCAGUCAAACUCAGUGAUGAGUGACUUUAUUCAAGUUCUGAUCUCCGUCACAGCUCUGCUAAAAGUGGUCUCCAGUGAGCCUUUCUUUGAUAUCAAGGAUCCAGCGUUUACUGAAGAAUGUGUGAGAGAACACAACAUGCACCGCACCAACGUGGAACCCCCGGCCAGCGACAUGCGCUACAUGACGUGGGAUGCAGGGCUGGCGGUGACGGCGCGGGCCUGGGCGAGAUUCUGCGUCUUUAAACACAACAUUUAUCUUAAGGAGGUGAGGAGGAUGCACCCUACAUUCACUUCUGUGGGUGAAAACAUCUGGGCUGGAUAUCCAUAUACCAGUUUCACAGUGAAAUCUGCAGUGAAAUUAUGGGCGGAUGAGGUCAAACAUUACAAUUACUAUGCGGAAAAGCCAAACCAGUGUGUGAAAGGAAAAGAGUGCGGUCACUACACACAGGUUGUUUGGGCAGAUACGUACAAGGUUGGUUGUGCCACGCAGGCCUGUCCAAACGGAGUGGCUAAAACACGUUUCUCUACAGAGCCAGGAAUCAUAUUUGUGUGCAACUAUGCAACAGCAGGAAAUUACUUUGGCAAGGAUCCAUAUAGAACAGGAUCAUCGUGCAGUGGCUGCGGUCUAGAGAAGUGUGAAAACAAACUCUGUCGAAACUCAACCCGCGAUGCACUGCAGAGUUAUAACUGGACUCCUGACUGGGACCCUGCGCUGUCCUCCUGCGGCACAUUCUGUGUGACGGUUGUGAUUACCAGACUCAUAUCUGUCCCGCUCAUUUUUAUCUGUGUUUACUGCCUGCAGCGAAGUCAUAACCUGUUUGCAUACGAGUGAAACAGCUUGAACUGAAAGUGAAAGUUUACAUUCAGACAAUGCUACAUUUCCACUGGGACAGGGAGGGACAUUAACUCUUUGAUGCACAUUUUUUAUGCAAUUUCAUUAAAAUAAUAAUUAAGUAAUGCAUUAAGGGAUAAUUAAGUUAUGCAUUAAGGGAUUGUUUGUUUUUUUUGUUUGUUUGGUUUUUUUUUUGCAUUAUGACAUUUUAAGCACAUUUACCCCACAAAUUCUAAUUUCUGCAAUGCAAAAUAUUCUCGUGAAUUGUCAAGUAUCUAUAAUUCACAGGAAUAUUUUAAACACUUUACAAUAAGGACUGGUUCACUAACAGUUAAUACAUUAUGUAUAAUUAACUAAAAAUUAAAUACUUUCACAGCAUUUUAAUAAGCUUGAUUAAUAUUUAAUUCUAUGUAUACUAAUAUUUUUAUUGUUUCAAAUUAUAAUUUUUUUUUAACAAUGAACACACUGCAAAAAAAAAUAAAAAAUUCUAACUUAGUAUUUCGGUCUUGUUUUCUAGUACAAAUAUCUAAACAUUCUUAAAUCAAGAUGAGAAGCAAAAUUACAUAAGAUGUAGUCUUAUUUGCUGAAAAAUGUUGUUAAAUUAAGUGAGUUUAUGCUUAUAACAAGAAAAAAAAUAUCUGUCAGUGGGGGUCAGAAAAAUAUACUUAAUUCAAAGGGAAAACAAGACUAUUUUUCUUACCCUAUUGGCAGACAUUUUUCUUGUUAUAAGCAAAAACUCAAUUUUGAUAAUUAUUUCCGAUUACUUAUCUUAAGUUAUUUUGCUUUAGACAUUUGUACUGGAAAACAAGACAAAAAUAGUGCAAAAAUGAACAUUAUUUAAAUUAACAUUUAUUUAAUAAAUGGUGUAAAUAUUAGGUUUUCUCAUUGUUAGUUGACACCCAAUGCAUUAACUAAUGUUAACCCUCAUGUUGUGUUCGGGUCAUUUUGACCCGGACAGGAUUUUCCUGUGCCUUCUAACAACUUUGAUAAUUUUUGUAAUUUUUUGUGGGGUUUUUCCCCACAUUGUAACACUUGUGGUGUUCCCAGUCAAAAAUGACCGGCCUACAAAAAAUUGCUUAUAAUUCUCUCAUUAUGCUACAUUAUCACCAAAUAUUGAAUUCAAUCUUUUUGUCAGCUUGUUUUCUUUCAAUUAGGACUGGUUUUGUAUUUCUUUUUGGAACAGAUCGAUCGUAGGCCUCAUUGUACCUCAGUUUUUGAGUGAAAAAAAAGUUAUUUGUGGAUAAAUUGUCAAUUUUACAAAAAAUAUGUAAAAAAAAAAUUGCAAUGUUUUUACUGAAAUGUUUUUAUUUCAUUUGUUUUUUAUUACAAAAUGGCACAAAGUCACACUUGUGGUGUUCCCGGUUAAAAAUGACAGGCCUACAAAAACAGCUUAUAAAUUACUUGUUACGCUAUUUUAUCACCAAAUAUUGGAUUUAAUCUUUUUGUCAACUUGUUUUCUUUAAAUUAGGACAGGUUUUGUAUUUAUUUUUGAAACCGACUGAUCGUAGGACUCAUUGAUCUGAGCUUAUAUUGGUCAAAAAUGGCUGCCCAUUUUAAAAUGAAUGGGGGAGUCAAAAAUCAGAGAAACAAUUAGUGUUCAGGAGCGUGUUCAUCAUGUUCAUGUUCACAUAUAUACAUGGGGGCGAGCAAAAAUAAAGGCCUCGGACCUCUGCAUGUGUGAAUACAUGCAUACUCGUGCAUCCGUGCAUAUACACACACGUUCAUGUACACAAACUAUUUUGAGUAUUACAGGCUUUCUUUCUAUUACAGAUUAACUUUAUCCUCAAAUCACUGAGUCCUAUGAUCAAUCAGUUUCAAAAAUAAAUACAAAACCUGUCCUAAUUUAAAGAAAACAAGUUGACAAAAAGACAGAAUCUAAUAUUUGCUAAGAAAAUAGCAUAACAAAUGAUUAAGUUAUUUUUCUGCAGGCCGGUCAUUUUUGACCAGGAACACCACAAGUGUGAUUUUGUGCCAUUUUGUAAUAAAUAUUGUAAAGUAGUGAGUGUACAGCUUGUAUGACAGUGUAAAUUUGCUGUCCCCUCAAAAUAACUCAACACACAGCCAUUAAUGUCUAAACCUGCUGGCCACAAAAGUGAGUACACCCCUAAGUGAAUAUGUCCAAAUUGGGACAUUGGGCUGUACACUCACUACUUUACAUUGUAGCAAAGUGUCAUUUCAGUGUUGUCACAUGAAAGGAUAAUAAAAUAUUUACAAAAAUGUGA